AUGUAAUAAAAGCUGUGGAUACCCAUUCCACACGAUUUUAACAUUUAAAAUUAACGGGUUUACAUCUAGGGAGAGUUUACAAAAGAAAAUGGGAAGGUCAGAGUCCUCUAUGGGUAUGAUUAAUACAUUCUCUCUUCCAAAAGAGCCUCCCAACCUAAAAAGUGCUUAAAACUUGAAUUCGAUGUCAAAUUUGAAAUAUUGAGAAAGCCUAUUCCAAAAAAAGACAAGGAUGAUGAUAGUUUAGGUCCCAUAAUAGGAUUGCAAUUGUUAAGAGAUAAUAAUGAGAACAUGGUUAAAUUGAGACUUAAUGCCGACUCUUAGCAAAUCUUAGCAUGGAGAUCCUAUCUUGUACCAAGAAUAAACUAAUGGUAAUUUCAUAACAUGUUCAGAGUUUAUAAAAAAAUAGGGAAAGGAAAUUUUGCAUCUGUUUAUUAAGCAGAGAGGAUAGAAGAUAAUUAAUCGAUGGCAAUAAAAGCAUUUGCCAAAUAGGGAGCUUAUAGAGAAGAAAAUGGAAAAAAUUCAAUUAUAAAUGAAUUGAAGAUAAUGAGGUAAUUAAAUAAUACGCAUCUAAUGAAAUUAUAUGAAGUCUAUGAAACUAAUAAUUCAUUAUAUGUAGCUAUGGAACUAUUAGAGGGAGGAUCAUUAUAUGAUUUAAUCAAAGAUAAGGUUAAAAUCAAUCUGAAGUAAAUAUAACAGAUAAUUGUGGGCAUUCUGCUCGGACUAUAAGAGAUGCACAACAAGGAGAUUAUGCAUAGAGAUUUGAAACUAGAGAAUAUUCUAUUCAAAAAACCAAAUAAGAUGGAAUCAGUUGUAAUAGCUGAUUUUGGAUUGGCAACCUAUGUAAACGAGCCAGAGUAUUUAUAUUGUCGAUGUGGAACUCCAGGGUUUGUGGCCCCAGAAAUAAUCAAUAUUAAGGAUAUGAAAUCUAAAUAUUCUUCUGUCUGUGACAUUUAUAGUCUGGGAUUAGUAUUUUAUCUAUUGCUUACUGGAAAAUCUGCUUUUAAUGGAAAAAGCUAUUCUACAGUAGUAAAAUAGAAUAGAGAAGCUAAUAUCAAUUUCGAUAUCAAAUAGUUACAGAAUUUACCUGGAUAUGUUGUAGAUUUACUUAAAUAAAUGCUUGAGAAAGAUCCAAAAAAGAGAGUCAAUGUUGAAAGAUGUCUGAAUCAUAUUUUUUUAUAUGAUACAGCUAGAUAAAUGAUCGAAGAUGAAAACCAGGAUGACAGUUUGGAUGAGAUUGAUGAAAAUAUUCAAAUUUAAUCAAUGAAUGAUAAUUUUUCGUAGUUUGACUUAACAAAAAAUGUUUACUCACCUUCCUAAUCACCAGGAUUGGUCUAAUCUCCUGGAUUAGUGUUGAGGAAGGAGAUUAAACAAUAAAAAUAAAUAGAUUCGUAAAAGGCUGUAGUCGCCGAUUCGCCAUUAAUAAAAGGGAAAAUCGAGUCUGUUGACAGUGCAAAGACUAUAGGAACUCCAACAAAAAAAUGUAGUGUAUUUUCACCAUCACCUACAUUAAAACCAUCUAAAUUUUCGAAGCAAACACAAAACAAUCCAUUAUUAAAGUAUGCUAAAAAAGACUGA